AUGGAGAAGAAAGGUCGGAAAAAGGGGACUUCAAAAAAAAUGAAGGCUGACGAGGAUGAACGGUUUGCCAACAUUGGGAGUGACCCGAGAUUUGAGGUACUCCCAGCGAAAAAGAGGAAGGUCGUAGUUGAUGAAAGGUUUAAGAGUAUGCUGUCGGAUAAGAAGUUCAGUUCUCGUAGUGCUGUGGACAUGCGGGGCAGAUCGCUCAAUUUAAAAAUUCACUCAGUAACCAUCUACCUCUCUGACUAUGGUAAGGAACGGCUGGAGGAGGAAGAAAAAGAAGGGCCAAAACUGCCUGAUUUUGUAAAAGCGGUUGAAAAUGGAGCCGAGAUGGAUAACAGAACUCGUGAAGCCCUUAGGGCUUAUGAAUUGGCCAGAAUGCGUUAUUAUUAUGCCAUCAUCGAAUGUGAUAGUGACAAAACUGCAUCUGCUAUAUAUGAGUCUUGCGAUGGAGUUGAAUUUGAAAACAGCUCAAUUCACAUGGACCUUCGUUUUGUCCCGGAUGAAAUGACUUUUGAGAAAGAAAUGAUAAAAGAUAGAGCUACUGAGGACUCUAUAAGUUUUAACAGUUUCAAACCAAAAAACUUCCAAAGCGCAGCUCUUUCAAGCUCGUCGUCGAAAUUGACGUGGGACGAGACUGAUCCUGAAAGAAUUAAAACUUUACGUCAAGCUUUUGAUCCCAAAGCCGAUUUAGAGGAAUUUGAGCAUCUGGUAGCUCCCGCUUCGUCAGAUGAAGAAGAACUUUCUGCAGACAACAAAGCCAAAGUUUUGCUAGAAGCCGCUAUAACAAAGAAUAAAGGUGAGCAAGACAAGCUUGAAGUGACUUGGGAGCAAGGACUUCAACCGUCUAGUUUGCAACCUCAGAAAAGUAGUGGAUCAAAGGAACCGACUCAUUGGGAGAAGUAUUUGGAAAAGAGAAGAUUAAAAAGAAAGGAACGGAGGGCACGUAUUACUGAACUUAAAGAAAAACAGAAGCAAGAGGCAGAAGAUGUUCCUACUCAUAACGUUUCGGUAUCAAGAUCGAAGAAAAAAUCGUAUGGAAAGAAGCAGAUCAAUGAUGUUGAGAUCAAUGACGAGAGGUUCGCUGAACUGUACACGAACAGUGCGUUUGCAAUCGAUCAAGCAAACCCUCUAUAUAAGCCGACUAGCUUAGUCAUGAAACAGGUGUCCGAAAAACAGAAAGGUCUUCGAAAUAAGGGACCAGAAGACGACUCCUCAUUUCUGGUUGAAAGGCUAAAAAAGAAGGCUAAACGGGCGAGCGAAUCUAAAAACUCCGUGAUAAGCAAGUAA